AUGGCGAAGUCUGGGGAAGGCCUAUGUCCAACAGCGGAUUCCAAAGAAGAGGCCGAAAGCAUGGCAUUGCGUCCUCGUGAAGCUCUAGAAACCCUGUGCGUUGUUGGGGCGGAAAAUAUGGGAGGAAAUGCUUGUUGUCCUGGGUUGCGGGACGAGCAGCACUGUGAUGGGCGGUGGCACUGUGCCAAGGGGGAGGAUGAGCUUGGUUGCUUUGGGUGUGAUGCAGAUGAGUGGUGGUGUGGGGAAGGGACAGACUGCUACAAGGCUUCUAGGCGUUGUAAUGGCAUAGCGGACUGUCGCAACAAGGCCGAUGAAAUCUACUGCAGUUGCCUCUUCAAUCAGACGCAGUGUUCACCAAAUUCUGAAUUUUGUUAUGACCCUAAAACUCAGCGUUGUGACGGAAUCUUGCACUGCCCAGGAGGAGAGGACGAAAUAGGCUGUGGACAGUGUAUGCAAAAUAUAAGCUGUGGUGGAGGAGGUGGCUGUUACACGCCCGCACAGAGGUGUGAUGGGGCGUCACAGUGCGGGGAUGGCUCAGACGAAGCUUCUUGCACUCCGCAGCUGUGCCAUCCACAGCAUGGUGCCUUUUUGUGCGCAAACCGGCGCUGCAUUCGCGAAGCCUGGAGGUGUGACCAGUUCAAUGACUGUGGGGAUGCCAGUGACGAGGAAGAUUGCCACAGAAAUUCAGUGAUUGUGGCUGCUGCUAUGGGAGGUUUGGUGUGUUCCCUGCUCUUAGUAAUUGCCGUGGGCUGCACGUGUAGGCUGUAUGCUCUGCGUGCAGACUGGCACCCAAUCCCCCUUGCCAAUCGUGAUCCAGGCUCAGGCCAGUUGCCAGCCCCAAGUCAACUCUCAGGAACAGGAGGGCGGAGAAACAGCAGGAGCAGUGACGAGAAGGAGAGCGAAGAGGAGGGCAAAGUUAACGCAGGCCUCUCAGUGCCCGUUGAAAGACAGGUAACACUGAGUGAUAGAAACGAAGAAGACGUCCCACUCCUUUCAGCCAUAGGGGACACAGAUGAUGAGGAUAUGACAGAACGGGAAGAUGUGAGAUUGUUAGAUGCAUCAGCGGAAUCCGAAGAAUCAGAUGGUGAAGGCACGGAAAGUGAAGAAAGUGAUAAUUGUUCAACUGACACCUCAGUUGUAGAAGCAGAGGUGAUGUCCGAAGAAGAGAGUGAUUCCGAAGCAGAGACUGGACCUGCGGAAUCGGCGGAGCAAGAGGAUGCAUGUGCAAACAAAAAUUCCAAGGAGGAGGAGGAGGAGGAGGAUGACCAACUUCUUGAGAUAGAGAAUGAUGCUCAGCCAUUGUCAGGUAGUGACAACGAAGAUGAGGAUGAUGGUGAUGUCAUGAUGGACACGAGGGCGGCUGUAUUGGCACUAAGUUUGGUCCAGCAACAUACCAACGGAAUCAGUCAAGUUGACACAGAGCUCAUCUCACAGUGAUAGGUUGUGUGGUGAAUAGAGGUUUGAUAUUGUUUCGUAUCAUAACUAGCACUCACAAAGGAAAUGAAGAUUGAUAAUAUAUAUUUUUUUUUACAGUAUUUUUUUUUCCACAGUUGUAGUGGAGGAGAAGAAAAGCAUUAAGUAAUGGUAUAUCUUCAUCAUGGCGAUGAAGGCAGUUUUGUCAGAUUCAUAUUGAAAAACAUACCAAAACCAAAACAACUGUAACUGAAUCAAAGACCUCUACAGGUAAAUGGUAUCCGAACCUAUGUUUUGUAGGCAGGUAACCACAAGACAGACGUUAUAGCGAAUAUCUGUCUUGCAGUUACCUGCCUGCAAAACUUAAGGUUUGAAUCCUGGUUGAGGAGAGUUAUGUAGGUAAAUGGUAAUGGAAUACAGUCAGAUAUGUCAUUGUCACAAAUAUGCAAACUAAUUACCAUGUAUUAUGCAGAUUGUGUUUCUCUGUGGAGUAUAAUUCUUAAUUUUCUUACUCCCAGUGUGGUACAACAGUUCCCCAGUUUGAUGCCCUCAGUGCAUUCAAGUCUUGGUAUUGUUCUAACAGCUUUAGAUCCUUAGUCUUUGUAAAGAUCUGAAUCAAGGUGUUUGAUAGUAUUUUGUGUAUUUUGCCUUGUGAUUUGGUAUUCACGUAGGUGGUUUUUAGGUUUUUGGCAUUGGCUGGUCCUAUGUGAUGAAGCGUUGAUCUGGAUUUUUCGUGUAAGUAAUCGUAAGACAAAUGUUGUUCUUCUGUUCUUGAGUAAACAGGAUUAUCUGUGAUUGAUACGUAAUAAAAUGGGGGAGUAAAAGGGACACAGCAUAUUGUGACUGAUCAUGAUGAGGUACAUCUUGAAACACAUAACUGCCGUUAAUAACUUUUCCUUGUGAAUUUUUUUUUUGCCUCAUAGGAAUCACUGUGAAGGCUAGAGAAUUUUGACGCUAGGGUCUUUUGGCAAGUGUGUUGCAUUUUUUGGAAAGCGGAAGGAAUGAAGUAAUUCACGGAAAAUAAUUUGCUUUGGGUUGUGAGGCCAUUGGAAAUAUUAAGGGAAAUAAGUCUCCCUCUUUUAUUUAUUAUAUUCACUCUCCCCCCUUUACCCUUGUCAUGUACUCGUAUUUAUUUGUUAAAGCAGUAGUUGUAAGGCAGUUUUGAUUGUGAUCACAAUUUAAGAGUAUUUUACAUAAAUCUAUUGUUAAUGUAUUUGAAGCAGUUACUUGUAUUUUUGUUUAUUGGAGUUUCAUAUUUUAUUGUUAUUUUUGUAUUGUUAUUGAUUAUAGUUUUUCCAAGAAUCUUGAGUUACUCAAUUUGAUAUUAUUAGAAGUUGUACAUAUUAAUCGUUGUAUCUACAAGCUUUAUUUUAUGUAGCAUGUAUUAUUGUAUAUUAUGUUUUGCUUAUUGCAUAAUCCUUCUUCUUAGGUAGCAUUUUCCCCACUUCGGAGAAAAGGAAAACAACCUUGAAAGUUGAAAGGUCGUUAUGGCUUCAAAAUAAGUGAGAGUGUCAGAAAUGUCACAAGUAAUGUAAGACGUUAGUAGAUUUAUGUUUCAUCGAAUGUCACUCGGGCGUCAACUAACCUGGCAAAGGAACACGUUCGGGUCUCGUAUUUGUCACAAAUAUUUUUCACUAGCUCUCCCCCCCCGGAAAUAAAAGAUGGAAGCUGAAAAAUAGACAAGAAAAGGUCACAGUGAAAGGUCCCCCUUGUGUUUUUGACUUCUAGUCAUUAUGUAACUAACAAUAAAGAGCCUUAACUAUUAGGGUGAUUAUGACUGACUAUAUAAGCGAAUGGUUGCUUUUAUGCUUCAGUUGUAUCUUAGCCAGUGUCUUCUUUAUGGCGUAUAUUAGUAUUACAGUUGAUUUUAUCCUCUGCUUUAGAGUUUAAUUGUAAUACUUUAACUUAGGCAAGACGAAUUACAGAAGCAAGUCAAAGGCUUCGUCGAAAGUUCGGUGUAAAAGGUUUACAAUUUGUGGUAAGAUUUAGAAGGAUUUUUUUUUUGUAUUUUUUGUUUUGUUUCGAGUUCAAGGAUUGUGUUUCUUGUUCUUCUGAGUUAUGGGAUGUUUUAUAAUCUUUCAAUUUUUUUCUGCAGCUAAGAUUACGUUUCUUUUCAGGAAUUCAAGUGCAGCUGUUAUGAUGAUUUUUGCUCUUUAUAUUGAUGUUGUUUGUAUUGCUUUUAUUAUCAUUAUUAUUGUUGUUGCUAAUUAUUAUUAUUAUUAUUAUUAUUAUUAUUAUUAUUAUUAUUAU